UCGCAGCUCUGGCAAGAAGCGCUGAAAGACAGAGAGAGCGCAAAGUGACAAGACCUCCUCAUACCGCCAGACAACAUCCACAACGAUAUGAGACAACAGAAGCCAAAGCAAUAGCAGAAAUAAGACGAGGCAAAGAAGGAAACGUCUGCUGCAGUAGAACCAGGGAUUGCCAGUGGAUCACUUUAUACCGGCACAUGCUCUUGAGGAUAAUCAUAUGCGCAGAAGCCGUUCUCUGGGCCGACAGUCGCGCGUGCAGAGUGGAGGUUGCGCUUGGAAGUGAACGAAACUUUUUUUUGUUUGUUUGUUUUGUUUUGUUUUGCCUGUGACGUUUUGGAAUUAGAUUUAUUAAACGUCGACUUUCCGUUAUACUGUGGCGAAAAAGGAGGACCAAUAUAUAGUGUGGAUUUCUCCGGUUUCUUUUAUUUAUCAUUCUUUUUAUUUGACUGGCAUUGCUAUUAUUUAUAUUAUUAUAUUUUCUGGAGGAGCGCUAACGCUCAAGAAGUUCAUUUUAGUGGAUUCGACGCAGGUGCCUCGCUCCUGAAGGGCAGAAUGGAACUGUUACUUUGACCCACGAUAUCACGGUUCAUUCAUAUUCAUAUCCCGCUUUUAAUUGUUUUGAGAUCCAGAGACUGUUCAGUGACGCUCGCCGCCACACACCACUGGAAGUACAACCAUGAACUUUGUUAUUUAUUCGAUACAAUUAUUUUUUGCGGCUCUCCUUCAUCUCUCUGCUGUCAAGGCUGCCCACAUACCCAAAGAAGGGGGGAAGAGCAAAAAUGAGGUGAUUCCCUUCAUGGAUGUGUUUAAAAAAAGUGCGUGUAAGACUCGAGAGAUGCUGGUAGACAUCAUUCGGGAGUAUCCUGACGAGAUCGAUCACACCUACAUCCCGUCCUGUGUGGUUCUCAUGCGCUGUGCAGGCUGCUGCAACGAUGAAGCGCUCGAGUGUGUCCCUACAGAGACACGCAACGUCACCAUGGAGGUACUGCGAGUCAAACAACGUGUAUCACAGCAUAAUUUUCAACUGAGUUUCACAGAACACACCAAGUGUGAAUGCAGGCAAAAGGAAGAAGUCAAAUCAAAGAAAGAAAACCACUGUGAGCCUUGCUCAGAGAGAAGAAAGCGCUUGUAUGUGCAGGAUGCCCUCACCUGUAAAUGCUCCUGCAAAUUCACACAAUUGCAAUGCAAGGCCAGACAACUUGAGUUAAAUGAAAGAACUUGCAGAUGUGAAAAACCAAGAUGAUGAGCAGAGCGCUGAGAAGAACACUAAAUGAAGGAUUUUAUUUUUGUUUUUCUUAUGGCACAGCACUUUUAAACCUGAGGAUGCAUUCCCUGGACAAACUGUAAAAACUACCCUGAUGAAAGACAGAGAAUGAAACGAGGGCAGGAGAUAUCAUCCCGAUGUCUAUUUUUAAGAUAUUAAUAUAUGAAUAUAUAGAAUAUAUAUAUUAAAUGACAAUGUGUGUCGCUGCUAUCACCUUCAAACAAGAAAAACGAAGACGCUGCUUGGCGUGUGAAUGGGAUAUAUUCCAAUGUCACUGCACCUGGGCCUGUGAUUGGACAGAACGCAGUGAGGUAAAGCUUCACUGGAUCGGCCCGCUGUGGAUUCAUAUUUAAAGACUCAGAUCGAAUGUCCAAGACUUCACUGAGAGGUGCAAAAGACAACCUCCAACCCUUUAUAUGAACAGUUUCAGACAGUCAAUCAAAGGAGAGGAAGUGACAUAAUAGCGAUUCUUUCUGGGUCCAGGCACGGGAUACAAAUGUGGAACUAUCUCUUUCUGUUAUGUCUCUCUUACUAGGGUGAAGUCUUAGUCAAAAAGACACCUGUACUGAUUAACAUCCAAUAGGACUUGGUGUGAUAAUACUAAAGGGAUAUUACAUGUAUGUAUAUAUGGAAAUGUAAAAAUCGAUAAACGUGACAAAAUGCAAACUCUAGAACAAACUCGUUCCGUUCACCAUCACAUAUUUAAGGUUCGUAACGUUUUCCAAAGAGAAUACUGCACGCGACUUUAGAAGCUGUUCAUUACCACGCAAUAUCUGUGUAUACAUAUCUAGUAUCCCUUUGUGUAGUUCACUACAUCUAAUUUAUAAUGUUAAAAUAUGUUCAGUAUUCUGUGUAUUUAAUUUGAUCUAUUUAUAUGCAGUGUUGUUGAUAUUGUUUCGCUUUGUUUCCUAUCGACAUUGUCACCAAUCUGAAAAACUGUGGGCGGCUUUUAUAGAAACCUUCAACUUCAACAAACUCUUCAACAUUCCUGAAAGGUUCAUCUGAACGUUUUUGUAUCAGAGAUCAAAACCUGCGGUUUUGUGAUCGAAAUACAAACAUUCUCUUUGUGUGAAAGUGCCAGAAAUUAGUUUUUUGUUUGUUUGUUUGCCAUGUACAGCCACAUUUUCAGUAUAUUUUCACAGUAAUAUAUUUAUUGGUGCUGUUAAAUAUUAACAACCUUUUGUGUUUUUAGUAUAACUAUUAAACAUAUUUAUUUUCAAAUUAUAUUGUUUUUUAUUAAAGCAAAAAUGGAUUUC